CUUGCGACCGUCCGCUCGUCCAUUGAGCCUCUUUCGGGCAACUCCGUUGCCCGGAUGGCCAAUGGUCUUCGGUUAGUUUCUGACUCACAAAGUAAUAGACUGGGUUCCUCGCGGUAUGGCUAUGAUCGAAUGGGGAAGCUUUGGCCCCCACAACGUUCUUGGCAAGGAGAAUCGGGUCGCCAAUGCCUCCCUGUGGGAUGGUCGUGCUCCAAGGGAUCGCGAGCGACAUAUGUUGGACAAGGAUAUCCCACCACUUCCUACGUUUAUUCGUUCGGCGCCUCUCGAUAAGGAUCGGUUAUUUGCCAAGGGUCGAUGGGAAAGUGAGGGUGAACCGGGAGAACAGCGCGUCGCCCAAUCUCAACCUGUGCACGAGCGAGAGCUCGAGGGUCACGAUCGUGACAGGGAGCGCGAAAAGGAGCUGCGUGAACAACAGGAACGUGAACGCGAACGACUUGAGAAAGGGGAAGCCGAUAAGUUGGCGGAACAGGAGGCCAUUGCUGCGAAGAACACCGAGGCUGCUAAGGCCGCACCUCUGGCAGCGAGGGAACAAAAGCCUUCGAAACCUCAAGCUGGCGUCAGUGCUGACAGGCCGGCACCUCCGCCUCCUGGUGGGACAUUAACUGAGCAGCGCGGCGCUCUUCAAGCAGCCCAGGCCAGACGCAUUCUCUAUGUCCGAAAGAAGACAUACACGAAGCUUCAAUGUGUUGGUCGCGGCGGCUCAUCGCGAGUCUAUCGGGUUCUUGACGAGAACAAUGAUAUUUAUGCAAUCAAGCGGGUUACUUUAGAGCGAGCCGAUGCCGAAACCAUACAGGGGUACCAGAAUGAGAUUCAGCUUUUGAAUCGUUUAAAUGGUCAACCUGGGAUCAUCAAGCUUAUCGACUUCGAGAGUAAUGUGAGGAAAAAUACGAUCAUGCUGGUCCUGGAAUGUGGUGAGAUAGAUUUCGCUACACUGUUGGCACAACGUGUUGGCGAGAAGUUCUAUCAACCUCAAGUUGCAUGUGCAUGGCGGCAGAUGCUGCAAGCUGUGCAUGUUAUUCACGAGGAGAAAAUUGUCCAUUCUGAUCUCAAACCUGCCAACUUCGUCAUGGUCAAAGGUGUUCUGAAACUGAUCGACUUUGGUAUUGCAAAAGCUAUCGCGAAUGACACUACCAAUAUACAGCGUGAUCAGCAAAUUGGGACCGUAAAUUACAUGAGUCCCGAGGCCAUAGAGGAUACUCAGCGAACCGAUGGGAAGAAGGUCAUGAAGCUUGGACGGGCAAGUGACGUCUGGUCGUUAGGCUGCAUUCUCUAUCAAAUGGUGUACGGGCGCCCACCCUUCCACUCUUUAGGAUUAUACCCGAAGAUGAAGGCUAUCCCGGAUCCAAAUCACAUCAUUGAGUAUCCCGAGUAUACAGCCCCGCUCAAGCUAGGUGGAGCAGAUAAGCCUGACAUCAGACUUGAGCAUUUGGCGACAAAGGUGUCACAAGAUGUCAUCAAUUCGGUGAAAAUGUGCCUCGUUCGUGACCCGAAAAAGAGGGGGUCGAUACCAGAGCUGCUUUCGCAGGCCUGGGUUGAAGGGAGUACGGACCUACCUUCUGCCAUACCGCUGCCGUCGACCCCUCCACAAAAGUCACCACUGCUGAGGGAAGAUGAAUCUAUCAUGACGCAAAAAAAUAUGCUGCAACUCCUACGAUACAUGCGUACGUUAGAAGGAACGAAGCCUGAGAACGAUGAAGAGCUGAGCAAGGCACGUCCCGAUUUUCGCAUGCCUCAUGGCUAGAUACCGUUCUGAUUCCUUUUGGUGCUGCAGGAACUCUUUGCCAACCUUAAGCAAGUUGCGCGACAACUCUGAUUUAUUUUGUAACACCCAUAUUUUAUUGAUUCUUACCUUGGUAAACGCCUACAUGCACAAACUAAUUAUUCGAUCAUAUCAUGUCGUUCACUACUGCUGUUUGUCCCUCCACAUUCGCGCUCCCUCACAAUCACUUGUAACAUCACUGUCAAUUGUCUGCGAUCUGCAAAGGAAACUGAUUCGAUUUCGCUUUCGCUCCUGGGCCUUUCACCUUGUUUUCGACAUUUGCAAUUCCAUCCUUGCCUCAUUUUUUUUUCGCAGCUGCUUUU